GGGAAAUCAGACCACUGUCUCAUCCUGCUCAACAGUUGCUUGGUUGAAGCUGACCGAAGCGAGGAGCUCACCUUUCUGAAGCCUCUAUUGGAGAAGUCUUUUAUAAAAAGGUCCUUCCGAAAUGGCGUUGGAUCGGGAUUUAAAAAAAAUUCCUUCAGAAGGGCAAAAACCUAA